AUAGUUGUCUUAAUAUACAUGGUGUUAAAAUUACAUUAAAAAAAAAUAGGUCAAUUUAUUGUACCACAUAUAUUAAAUUUGAUAUUUAUGGCCAUUUUCAUAUUAUCAGUGACAAUUAAUGUGGUAGAUUUAAUUCACUACAGACUAUCUCAGUCGUAAUACAAGAAUAACGGGUGAUCACUCACAUUUAACUAGUGGUUAAUACUAAUUCAUUAAAGUGACACAGUUCUUAACUGUUUAUUGAGUAGGUAGCACCUAUUUACUAUAUAUAAUAAAAAUAGCCAAUGUACAAAUUUUUUGUACUUAACACAAAGGAUAUUAUUGUGCAAUAAUAUUAGAAGAGUUGAUUUUGUGGGAAUAAGUUCAAAUUUUUUUUCAAAAAGAAAUUUAUACUCUUCAGUUAUUAAUAAUCAAAAGAAAAUGGAAAAGUUCAAGUUAGCAUCUAGAUAUGAAUAUGGCCAAUUCAAUGCUUGGAUUGAAUAUAACAAUUUGGCUAUGAUCACUAAGCCUUUGAAUUUGGGUCAAGGAUUUCCAGAUUAUGAACCACCAUCACGGUUUUCUAAUUUCUUAGCAGAAGUGGCUUCAGAAAAGAAUUUAUAUUCUCAUCAAUAUACACGUGGAAUGGGUCAUGUACGGUUGGUGAAUGCAUUAUCCAAACUAUAUUCAAGCCUUAUUAACCGGAAAAUUGAUCCACUGAAUGAAAUAUUGGUUACUGUUGGAGCAUAUGAAGCACUUUUUUGUGCUAUACAGAGUAAUAUAGAGGUGGGCGAUGAAGCAAUUAUUAUUGAACCUUUUUUUGAUUGCUACGAACCAUUAAUACGUAUAGCUGGAGGAAACCCUAGAUUCAUAACAUUAAUGAAUACUAAGCCUAAUAGUCCAGUAUCACAUUCGAGUGAUUGGAAACUUGACCCUGAAGAACUUGCAUCACUAUUCAACUCUAAAACCAAACUUAUCAUCAUAAACACACCACAUAAUCCAUUGGGAAAAGUAUUUGAUUAUGACGAGUUAACAAUGAUUGCGGAUUUGGCCAAAAAACAUAAUGUUCUAGUUAUUUCUGACGAGGUAUAUGAGUGGUUGGUGUAUGCGCCAGCAAAGCACAUAAGAAUGGCUACACUUCCUGACAUGUGGGAAAGAACAAUUACAAUUGGGUCUGCUGGAAAAACAUUUAGUAUGACUGGUUGGAAACUUGGAUGGGCAUAUGGCCCGGCUAAUCUUAUAAAAAAUCUAUUAGUUGUUCAUCAGACUGCUAUUUAUACAUGUGCAACACCAGUUCAGGAAGCUACUGCUAGAGCAUUUGAACAUGAAAUCAGUGUACUUGAUACACCAGAAAGUUAUUUUCAAAAUUUAUCCAAAGAGUUAAAACCAAAAAUGGAUUUUUUGUCUAAUGUAUUAAAAGAAACUGGCUUUGAACCUAUUAUACCAGAUGGCGGAUAUUUUAUAAUUUCGAAUUGGAGAAUAUUUGAAAAUAAAAUAGAUUUAAGCCUGGAAACUGAUGAAUACAUGGACUUACGGUUCACAAAAUGGCUUUCCAAAAAUGUCAAACUUCAAAGUAUACCAUUUACAAUAUUUUUCUCCGAAAGAAAUAAACUAUUGGCUCAAGACUAUAUGAGACUUUGUUUCUUUAAAAAAGAUGAAACUUUAAAGGAAGCUGAAAAAAUUUUAACUACAUGGACAAGCAAAUUAUCCUGAAAACUUACUAGCUUACUAAGCUUUCAAACUGUUUAUGGCAUUAAUUAAUUCAUUUUAGUACAAGAAUUAAUGUGCAUAUACAUUUUUUUAAUUUCAUAAAAACUAUUUUUAAAUUCUAUUUUUUUAAAUGUAAUAUAUAUAAUAUACUUUAUUAAUGAAAAUGUUUAUCAUAAAUUAAUUAAAAUUAUGCAGUUUGUUCAUUUUAGAGUUUUAUUACAAAUUAUAUAAUUUACAAUAUAUAAUAUGAAAAAAAUAAAAUAAAAUAUAUUUAAUAUUCACAGCUGUGACAUUAAAAUAUAA